UCUGUUUUUGCCUUUGUUAAUACAUUGACUCAUAUUCGUGAUUUUCUUGCAAAAUUGAUUUAAGAAACAAAUAUAGACCUGGUUAAAAGUAUUUCUUGGAAAAUUUGUAAGCCUUAUUAAAUAAGAUAAGUUUUGUGGCCUUUGCUGGACUUUUGCACAUACAUUUUUUGCCACAAAACUAUGAGGCCAAAAAUAUAGAUUUUCCAUUAAAAAUACACAAUUAAAUCGAAUAAUAAUGUUUCAAUAUAAUACUGUAUUUAAUCGUAAGUUAGUGUUAUUCACUGUGGUCAUAGUUGCUCUAAGUUUUACCCACACGAAAGCGAAUGAUGUUACCAACCAAGUUUUUGGCAAUGUAAAAGAAGGCAUUGUAGCUGCAUUUGGUGAUUUUAAUUCCGACGAAUUAACUGAUGUUUUUAUGCUAAAGGACAGACAGCAAAUAUUGCAAAUUCUAUAUGGAGCUGAUACUGAUCCCUUAUUACGUAGUGGCCCUUAUUGCCAUUACACGGACUAUAAAAUUGUCAGCGUUAUACCCGGUGAUUUUGAUGGAGAUGCUCUAAUGGAUGUUUUAGUUGCCAUCAAACCUUUGACGAGCUCGGACAAUGUAUACAGAAUUUAUAUCCAUUGGGGAGGACCCGAAGGUCUGAAUUGCACAAGUGAAAAGGAGGAGCCUUUGUUGAAAACCAAAGGUGAACCCCUGGCUUUGGACUUUAAUCGAGACAUGGUCAUCGAUUUGUAUGGCUUAAAUGAGUUUGGGGAACGUACAUUUUGGAUUUUCCAAAAAUCUCGUGUGCCCCCACAAGUACGCCAUCAAGCCAAUCCCCCCACGGGUGAAAAUUCUGUGGCACCCUCAAUGAGAAUACCUAAUGCAAAUGCUUAUUUAGAUAUGAAUGGGGAUUUUGUAGCUGAUCUCUUUGUGCAAACCGAUAAGUUUUACGAGGUUUGGUAUGGAUGUACCGAAGAUCCCAUGGAAGACUUUAUUUUUAACCAUACCAUUGAUAAUUCUAUUGUUGGCUCGGACUACAAUUUGGGCCAGGCAGUAUUUGCCGACUUUGAAUUGGAAGGUGUGGAAAACAUUAUUCUACCAGUUUGCUUCCACAAGGAUUGCUCCAAUUCAACUAUACUUGUUCAUGAUGGCAGGAACUUCCGUGAUAUUCAUGUAAAUUUCAAGGAUCCCCAGGCCGUUAUGUGGAGUUUUGUGCCACCUAUAGAAGAGGAUGCCUAUCUAAAGACAAUAACUGCACGUAGUGGUGAUUUCAACAUGGAUGGUUAUCCAGACUUGAUUAUGACCCUGCAAACAUUGACUGGCCCCAAGAGAAUGCAAACAUUUCUAUUGGAAAACAUUCCCUGCUCCAUGUGCAAUCCCCCAUUGAAAAGAACAUUUGAGGUGAAAUGGAAUGCCCUCAAUCCUAUGGGAAACAACACAGUGGCAGGAGCAUUUUACGAUUUCUAUCAAGAUGGUGUUUUGGAUGUUAUACUCAUUGAGAAAACUAAUAAAGGCUACAGACCUUUGGCCUUCCGCAAUACUUUGGACUAUGAUGCAAACUUUGUUAAAGUUAUUGUACUAACCGGUCUCAUAAAUAAGAAAAAUCCCACAUUACAUACGCCCCUGGGACGCAAGAAACGUACCUAUGGCACCAAUUUGCCAGGGCCACGCAUAACCUAUUUCACCACUACUCAGGAGGGUGAUCUUCAGCGUGGUUCAUCUGUACAACUGCCCCAAUCAUCCUAUUUUGCCUUGCAAUUGCCCUAUACGAUUUUCGGUUUGGGCAGAACACCAAAUUUCGUCGACUCUCUCACCGUGGGCCUGGGCCAUAUGUCUCGUAAUUGGACUCAACUUAUACCGAAUUCGCAAAUUAUUGUAGUGCCCAAGCCUGUGGAUGAUCCACAACGUUGGAAGGCCCAAUUGUUUGUUACACCCAGCAAGCUGAUUGUCAUGAGUGUUGUGGCUCUGGGUGGUACUUGCCUUGUGAUAGUGCUUAUCAUACUGGUGCUUUACAUUAAAGAAAAGCGUGAAGAUAAGCAGGAGAAAUUACAAGAGGCCCAUCGUUUCCAUUUCGAUGCUAUGUAGAGGAGAGAGGGCGUGUAAGAGAGAAGUUUGACAGUAUAAUAGUAAAUAUGGAGAAAUGUUUAUUUUUAAUUAUACAAAGUGAUAUGUUUAAGUUUUGUCGUCUCAUUUUUUUUUUAUUUGACCUAGUUACUAAAUUUUGAAUUUAUUUGGUUUCUCUAUAUUUUUUUUUUUUUGAUUUUGUGUUAAAUAAUUUUUAUGUUAAGCUAUUAUUCCGCCUUUAAAUUGUAUGGUUAUAUUCAAAACAAAUAACCUACUCUAACCAGCAAAUAUAUUUCAAUAUCCAAUAAAAAUUAAUGAAAUACUUAA